AUGAAAGAAGAUUUGUAUUCGAUUUUAGGCAUCGCUUCAACCGCGACUGCGGGGGAGAUAAAAAAGGCGUACAUUAAACUCGCGAGGGAGAAACAUCCGGACGUUUUGAAGAACUCUUUAUCUGUGGGAGACAAACAGGAGGGAGAAGAGUUUAAGAAAAUCGCGCACGCGUACGAUAUUUUACGAGACGUAAGAAAGAGACGGGAGUACGACGCGCUGAGGACGAGUGGUGGUAAUACGAGUGGUGGGUUUGCGACGAGCGAGGAGACGAGGACGAGAACGAGGACGUGGCGGCAAAACAACAACCGAGGAGGAGGAGGAAAAGGAGACGCGUACGAAGGCGCGUCCUGGGAAGACUCCAGAUUUACCGAACAAGAGUUGAAGAAUCGAUACGCUAAGUUUAAAUCGGAAUCCAAAUCUCGCGCGGAAAACUCAAAGUGGUGGCGAGAGGAGAAGAAAGAGGCGGAGAAGAAUAAGAAGGAGUUUAACGAGAAGGCGUUUCAAGCGCGAGCGAGGAAGGCGGGGAGAGACGCGGAACGGUUGAAAAGGAGCGGCGGUUUCGUCGCGCGGACGGGAUACGUUUGGCAAGACGCGAUGGUUGGGAUGGUAUCGGUGGCAAUCUGUAUAGGCGCCGGGACGUACAUCAAUCGGAAGAUGGAGCAAAGGGCGCGGGAGAAGCACCACGAGGAGUAUUCGAUGACGAACGCGCCGCCUGUGCCGCAAAAAAAUGACGGCGAUGGCGGUAACGACGACGUCCAGAAUAAAUGA